GUUCGCGCCCUUUUAUAUCAAAGCGUGUUCACAGGUCUCGUAAUGAACAGCUUAUCUCGUCAGUUGGCUUUUUUUGGAUAAAGUGUUGCCAGCUGUCCAGCGUUAGCAACAGAUGCUAGCUUGCAUGCGAACAGAGAAAAGUGAAUCCACUUCCGUUAGUCCAGAGCCACCUGGAGUUUAGACAUGGAAGUGCCUUGCUACCUGUCCAAACUGCUGUUUGAGCUCAAUGAGCAACGGAAGCGUGACUUCUUCUGUGACUGUAGUAUCCUUGUCGAAGGUCGCGUCUUCAAGGCCCAUCGCAAUGUCUUGUUUGCUGGAAGUGGUUAUUUUCGAGCUCUUCUGGUUCACUAUCUGCAGGACAGCGGACAGCGCUACAGCACAGCCUCGUUGGACAUUGUGACAGCUGACGCCUUCUCUAUUAUUCUAGACUUCCUCUACUCUGGCCGCUUGGCCCUGAACAGAAGCAAUGUCAUCGAGGUGAUGUCAGCAGCCAGCUACCUGCAGAUGACUGAUCUGGUGAACUUCUGCAAAGAGUACAUUCGCUCGUCUUUGGAAAUCUGCAGCAAAGAGAAGGAGAGGAAUGCAGAGAAAGAACACCAGACAGUGGAUGGAGGAAUGGGUCCUGCAGACAGUGGCACUCCUGCUGCAACAACCUCCAGUGGUGCUGGAGUUGCAGAGCCUCAUUCGCAGGUCUCAGAGGCAGAUAGAGGAUCAGGUUUAGGUCCAGAGUCUGUGACCUCAGGUAGAACACCUCUGUCAAUUGUUGUCAACACCCCUCCAGGCUCCAGCAGGGAUAUGGACAGCUCCUACCCUUCUCGGGAGGAGUUUGCAUCAGGAAGCGAAGGGCAGAAGGGACAUAUUGAUCAGACUAAUCUCUCAUCCUCCUCAUCCUCUGCUCUGACUCCAGAGUUGGUGAACCCUAAGAUAGAGUACGACCCUGAUGAAGAGCUUAUGGGGUCUCCUGACACCAAAGUCAUGGAAUCCUAUCCUGGGCCUGCUCUGCAUAAUACUCACCACAGUAGGCUGCUUCCUCCAAGUCCCUCUCAAUGUAACGAACGCUCCUCUUUGGGAUACAGCCCUUCUUUUAAUGCCAGGCUGAUGGAUGUGCUGGCCAGAGGUGAAGGCCCUACUCCUCUGGGGGACAGAGUAGGGCAGCGCUUUACCCAAGGACUAGGUAGCAGCACUGGUGGAAGCCGAAUGGAUGAAGGUCUAGGGUUUGUGGGUUCAUCAAUUAUGGAAAUCCAGUCUGAUUGGCUUGGAGAGGAUGCAGGUGAUACCUUAGUAGUGCCAGUGAAACUCCACAAGUGCCCCUUCUGCCCAUACACAGCCAAGCAGAAGGGGAUCAUGAAGAGACACAUCCGUUGCCACACGGGAGAGAGACCCUUCCCCUGUCCCAUGUGUGGCAAGAGGUUCACACGACAGGAGCACCUUCGCAGCCACGCCCUUAGUGUCCACAGACACUACUGGCCAGUGUCAUGCAAGAGCUGCAGACGAACCUUCACUGGUCCUAGGGUUUCGCCAGGGCUCAGACGCUUCGGCACCUGCGACAGCUGCAACUGCGUGACCACCACUCACGAUGAAACGGCACCUGUUCACCCUUCCAGCCAAUCGGAGUCUGUGGAACGUGCAGACGGGGGUGCGGAUUGGUCCAGUUUUAUAGACGAUGUGGAUGAGGUAGAAGUCGGCAGAGUGGAAGACUUGGUAGAGAAACAGAUGCUUGAAAGACAGCUGUCUGUCUGCACUGAUGUAGUUCACACACUGUGAAGUUAUAGUUAUACCCAGGGAAGAAAAUGCUUCUCUGAACUAGUUGUCUGAGUUAGUGUGUGUCAGGUCAAAAUGUAGUCCUGCAGAUGUUGUGGGGGUUAUAAUUUGGCAUGUUUGUCUGUGAACAGCGUUCAUCACAAUUGUGCAAGAUGCAGUCACAAAUCUUUAGUGAGAAGUUAUUUGUGCCAUGGCUGGUGUGAUUCCCAUCAGGGUGCUCUCUAUAUUAUUUACUGUAAGAUUAAUUAUUUAUUAACUAGUUUGUAUCCACAAUUUGACUUUUGCAGAUAUCAUACUCCAGUGAGUUGCCUGGCUGGAAAUAGGUUCAGUGAUUAUGUGUGUGUGGUUUUUUCCUUCCUUCCUUUAAAUCAUCACUUUAGUCUUUUCGUUCCUGUAUUUGCACAAUUGAUGAAAACCAAAUUUCUGUGUGUUGUGUGUAAGAAGACUGCCGGUCAAGGCAGGAUUUCUAAAUUUAGAGGACAGAAGUAUCUUCUCAAAUGUUUUGCUUGGUCCUAAAAAUUACACUUCAUAUAUGAAAAGAAUCUUGUGGGUAUAAAUGGGCCAUUGGAGGUGUUACUGCAAUAAAUGCGUUGUGAAACUGGACAUUGCCCAAUUGCCUCAACUCUGACAAUUCUGCAGAUUAAAACUGGCUUGUGGCACA